CUAGGACCCGGAUCCUGUCCCUAACAACGGCUUGAGUUGAAUGAGAGAGCGGCUGUGGAGGGGUGAAGUGUGUCUGCAAUGGCAGAGCCAGAGGCAAAAAAGGAAGAGCCAGAUUCCAGGCGUCUUCAAACCUUCCCCAUCGUCAGACAUUGCGAUAUGCCAGAGGAAAUGAAAGUUGAGACGAUGGAACUGUGUGUCACGGCUUGCGAAAAAUAUUCUGCAAAUAAUGAGACUGCAGCCAAAAUGAUCAAAGAAACCAUGGACAAGAGGUUUGGAGCUUCCUGGCACGUUGUGGUCGGUGAAGGGUUUGGGUUUGAAGUCACCCAUGAGAUGAAGAACAUUCUAUACAUGUAUUUCGGGGGCAACAUGGCAGUGUGUGUGUGGAAGUGCACAUAACUGAAGAACUGUGUGUGAAGCAGCAGCAAUGAACCUCCCUUCUCUCCGUUCUCCAAAUCCAGCUGUACGUCAGUAAAUCGUCACUGAUGAUAAGUUCUGCAAGUGGACAUUUCAACGAUUGAAAGGACUUUUUAGGGUUGCAAGAGCUGCAGGAAUGAGGACUAAAGUAUUUUUAUUUCCCUGUUUUUAAGAUAACAUACAAAAAAAAAGUCAAAAACGGUUUAAUGGGUUAUUCUGUUGAGAUGCUGAAAUAUUAAUGUGACUGGAGCAGUAGCAAGUUGAAUAAUCCACAGAAGUACAAUGCUUUCCUGAAAAAAUCUUAAAUCAUAUUGCCAUCAUCGCAUGGCUGCAAGGAAUGGAUUUUCCUGCCAAGUUACCGGAAGCCGAAUUUUCACCAUACCACAUGGUUGUCAGAGGAGCCACAGCUUCUAGAUUUUAGUGGAUCUGGCAGAAGCUAUUAACAUUAUUGAGGUGGAGGAAAGGAGAAUAGUGGUAAACUUUAUAUUCUGACUGGCAAAUGAAACGUGGCUUAGUCCUCCUAGCUGUUUGUCCUAAUAACACUACAUGAGGUUUAGAUAUAUUUACAUUUUUAUUCUGCAACUUGUAGGAACCAGAUGGAGGAAGAAAUUGGGAGGGGAGAUAAAAAUCCUGUCCAUUUCACAUUACCUGUUCUGGGGUCGGAAAUACAAGCCUUAGAGAAAAAUACUUCAUUAGCUUGUUUAGAACUACUUCCUUUUUUUAAAAAAAAGAACUUUCUUGUGAUAGAAAUGCUCUUACAUGUUUUAAUAAAAAAAUUGAA